AUGUUCGCUUAUCUUAUCGGCACUGUACUCAAUUUACCAUCGAAUUUAACUGCGACAUUUCUGUGCAAAACAUAUAAUCCUCAAAGUAAAAUAUGGACUUGGCGAUCGACACGUGGAAAAUGUUAUGGUCUUCUAGCAGCAUUCAGCGGUGUAAUUUACCGUCGUCAAGAUAUAGACGAUACAAUCUUUGAUUAUACGGACGCACCGAGUUCGUGUUAUCUUCAUGACGAUGUUUAUAUAUCUGGACACUUGUAUCGAAAACAUAUUCGUUCUUACACGAUUGGUAGAGGUACGGGUUUGUGGAUUUUGGCAUACCGUGGUCAAUGA